AUGGGCCGCAGUCGCUCUGCGGAACAAAUGGCCCGCGUGCUCCUGUCAAGCGCCAUCCGGCACGACACGUGGGAGUGCAAGGCGUCGAGCGACGCCGUGGGGGGCCGGCUGUUCACGGCGCGUUUUGUGUGGGAGGAGUGGCCGAUGGUCCCUGAACUUCAGUACGCGAUUGCACUCCAAAUGACGUUUUACGACCGAGUGGCAUGCGCCUUCGUUGGGGCCACCUACACCGUGUUAAAGGACGCCCCGACGGAGCCACUCAUUUUCCAAAAUCGUGGAGAGAAUAUGCUGCUGGUUGUGGAGGUUGUGGCCCGCGAUGAGCGGCACAACGCCCUGCCUGAGGAACGGCGUGUGCUGAUGUGGGGUUAUGUCCCUCUCACGGAGGUGUGUACAUUGCGCAGCAUUGAUUUACUUCCCGGUAGCGCUCAACUGCUGCUGCUGAACUCCACGUCAUGGCCCAGUAAUAAUCGUAGCGAAACAUAUUCUUUGAAAUACACAUGUGUGGAAGUAGAGGACGUUGUGUUGACGCAACUUAUGUCGCGUCUCGUGCCUCCUGACGUCAUUGUAACGCAAAGUUUCACGGAAAACAGACCGCAGUCUUCAACCCAUUCGUUCCGCUGCACUGUGCGAGAUAUCCAGCUCUUUCCCACAACAGAGAAUCCGGAAUGGCGCGACAAAGGCGCAGAGUGGCGUGUUGCGGCGGUGUCUCACAAUGGAUACCAGCAACUUGGACAAGGUGCCGAGGUGCCGCUGGUGUUUGAUGAGGAGAUCGUCUCCUCUGUAUCCACCACCAGCAACAGUAGCAGCGGCAGCGGCAGCUGUGAGAGUUCCAAUGAAUUUAGUCACACUUCUACCUCCGCGUAUGUCUCUGUGGAAAAGAAGAAACAGCAGUCGACAUCUCUUGUGCAUUCCGUUGUGCCGCUGGAAAUGGAUUUGCUUCCUGUGCACUCGGCGACAUCGUUGGUGCUGGCCAUACGUCGGAGGGGAAAGGAAUCUCAGCGCUUUGAGGUGAUUGGUUUCUGUGUUUUCCCGUUGUGUGUGAUGCCCAUGAAAGAUCGUGAUCUCCGCGUGGAGAAUCUUCCCAUUCUGCAUGGCCCCUUCUCCUGCCGCGACCCGCGGAUGUUGAUGUUAGAGUCUUCAUCACCGUAUGGCAAGCAGCCAUUCACCGUAACGCUGACGGUGGAGUACCACGACACACUCGUUGUGGAUACGUUUCCGGUGUCGGCGCCCACUUCACGGUAUCCUGUUGAUAAAAGGGAGCUUGCAAAGACAGCAGACAAAGGGGCUGGUGGAAAGAAAUUCCUGGCAGAGGUUUACGAUAUCACGCAAACAUUUCCCUCGUCGACUGCUGUGCCCGGGAAAAUCAUGGGAAUUGUGUCGACUGAAGAACUGGAGGAGGGCAAAAAAGUAGCGGCGGCUCCCGCAGUCUCAAGAGUGACGACAACUGAGCGUACUGCUGAAGCAACACCGCCUCUGAAACUUACAUACCCUUCCCCUGAUGAACUUGUUGCCGGCAAGUGGGCAACUGAAGAUAACUCCUCGGCUGGUGUCUUCAAAAUGCUUUGUGCUGUCAUGGAAGAGCUACGUCGUCUGCGUGAGAUGCAAGAGUCAGCCAUGCGUCGUAGGGAUCAAAAAGGUGGACUUGUUGGACGCGAGGACGAGAUUGGUAAGCGGCUAGGCGACGCUGCGGGUGUGGAAGUAGUUGAUCUUUCACCCAUGCCUCUCGCUAUAUCGUGGGAAACACGUUGUCUUAUAGAAGAAGGCCUGCAGCCCAUACUUCAUCCCGUACACGGCACCCGUCUGGAAGACCAUGCGUUGGCAAGUAGUCAUGAUAUGACGGCAUCCUUGGUCGGUGUUCGCUUUGAGGGCCUCACGGCCGAUGCCUCUAUUCAUGUACCAGAGGAUGUUUGUUUCAUCUUUUCCUUUGGUUCCCUUCCGCUGCAGACGAUAGGCCCCAUUCGUACCGUGUGUAUUGAUAAAAACAAUCAAUUGCGGACUUUUAAAUUAUAUGAGGGGGUUGAACGUGGUGGGAUGGUGUGGUGUGAGCCACUCGAGGCGGUUGAAGAUCCGUUCAUGCAGAAGUACCGUCAGGUCACGGAUGCGACUCUCCACAUUCAUGUUUACGACGCCCUUACCAUGUUUUACGUUAGCAGCGUGGAUGUCCAGCUGGCACACUUUCGCCGCCCAUACAACGCAGAAAGCGCACGCAUCCCGAUGGAUAUUCCUCUGUACCGCGACCUCAGUCUCACGGAGAGGAG